AUAAAUAAAAUAUUGUUCCUAUAUUUAAAUAAUAAGAAACUCUCGAUUUUUUCAUAAAAAUCAAUCAGUUCACUUAUUUUAUUAUAUCCAGAUUUCUCCUACUUUUAACACAAUAAUUACGAAAAAUGUCAGCCCUUUUAACAGCGGAUUGGUUUCAGUUGGAUUCGUACUACAGGAAAUUUGACCUGUACAGUAUGGUAUGGACCAUGGAUGAAGGUUUGGGUAAUAUGAUAGUCAGUGGUGCAGCCUAUGGAGGUCCGAUAGCUGUUGUAAGAGACAAGAAACAAUUUGUCCGCAUUACGACCACAUCAAAACCAGUUAUAACAAUUUAUAAUGGUGUUGGCAAUAUUAUCUCCAAGAUAUUGUGGAACAGUGGUGUGUUAGUUCACAUGGGUUGGUCUGAUGGGGAACAGUUACUGUGUAUACAGGAGAGUGGUGAUGUGCUUGUUUAUGAUAUGUUCGGAGCAUACCAGAAGACUUUUAGCAUGGGCCAAGAAGUCAGAGAUACAAAGGUGUGUAAAGCUCAAUUAUUCUCAAACCCUCACGGUAUUGGCUUAGCUAUAAUCACCACCACAAACCGAAUGUUCUUAGUCAGCAAUGUUUCUGACCCAAAAAUAAGAUCUGUGCCUGAUCUACCAAGAGCUAACUUGCCAAUAAGUUCAUGGUGCGUGCUGAGUACUGGGCAGCGAUCGUCAACACAAAUCAGUUUCCUUGUGUGCCGUGAUAAGGAAGUGUUUAAAUGUCAGCUAGGAGAAACUAGGCCCAUACUUAUGCGUCCAGAAUUUAAAAAUGCAUAUACUCAAGUUCUAUCAAUUGUGCCCUCACAAAAUGGCCGCCAUGUCGCGUUGUUCACUGAUUCUGGAUUCCUAUGGAUAGGUUCUUCUGAUUUUAAGAAUAAAUAUUGUGAAAUUGACACGGGUUACAUAAAACAACCAAAGGAACUAGUGUGGUGUGGUUCCCAAGCCAUAAUUGGUCACUGGGAUGACAUGAUGUGUAUCUAUGGAUUCAAUGGGCAAUCUAUUACCUACCCUUAUGAUGGACCCUUCCACAUAAUACCAGAAAUGGACUGUGUUAGAGUGAUCUCUGAAAUGACUCAUGAGUUGAUACAGAAGGUGCCUGUUGUGGUUGAAAAGAUAUUCAGGAUAAAUAGCACAGCCCCCGGAUCUUAUCUGGUGGAAGCUUCUAAACAAUUUCAGAAACGCAGCCACAGAGCGGACGAAUACAUCCGUCUCGUAAAGCCGGAUCUCUCUACCGCAGUGCAAGAUUGCAUAGAUGCAGCGGCCUUCGAAUUCAAUACUGACGUCCAGAAAAUGUUGAUACGAGCGGCGCAGUUUGGCAAGGGGUUCUUAUUAGAGCCCGCUCUUACGGAACAUUAUGUGACCACGUGCCGGUGGUUGAGGGUGCUCAAUGCUGUACGGGAUGUGAGAGUCGCUAUACCUUUGACUUUCUUGCAAGUUCAAAAUCUAGGUGAGAGAAUACUUCUAGACCGACUGAUUUGGCGCAGACUGCAUUGCCUCGCGGGACACAUCGCCUCGUAUUUGCAAUUAAAGGACGGUCAAACGAGAGUACUCUCACAUUGGGCUUGUUACAAGGUAACACAACCACAUCUGGACAACGAGAGUGCGGCGCGGGAAAUAGGUGAAAAGCUUCGAAACAUUCCUGGUAUCUCGUAUUCCACUAUUGCUAUGAAAGCCGCAGAGAAAGGCAGGAAAGCGCUUGCCAUUAAGAUAUUAGAAUAUGAAACGCAUAGCAAAUUACAAGUGCCUUUACUUCUAUCGUUGGAAGAGGGAGUCAUUGCUCUAUUGAAAGCCACAGCCAGCGGUGACACAGAUCUCGUCUAUAUAGUUCUUCUACACCUCAAGGAGAAGAUGGGAAAACAUGAGUUUGAGCUGACGAUCCGCAGCCUGCCGCUCGCGCAUGCGCUGUACAUAAAGUACUGCGCGGGCCACAACCGCGAGGCGCUGCGGCAGGUGUACGUGCAGGAGGACGACUUCGCGGGGCAGGCGCACACGCACAUUCGCGACGCCAUCGACCAGACCAACCCGGGGAGCGCUGAGGCCUCGCUCAUUUCCGCCAGGGAGUGCUAUAAGAAGGGCAGGAAUGAUUUGGGUGCAUCAAUUUGCGAAGACGCCCGAAAACUUUGCAAACAACAGUCCAGCUUACAAGAGACGUACGGCGAGAGCUUUGUGGGGUUGUCUCUACACGACACGGUCAAGAAACUGCUGAACCAGGGAGAAGUGAAACUGGCCGAUAAAUUGCGUUCUGAAUACAAAAUGCCGGAUAGGAGAUAUUGGUGGCUAAGGAUUCUUACUCUCGCUGAAAAGAACAACGACGAUGACUGGAUCGAGUUGGAGAGAUUCUCCAAAACGAAGAAGUCCCCGAUCGGGUACGAGCCGUUUGUUGACGCGUGCCUCAUGCACGGGAAGCACUAUGAGGCGCUUAAGUAUCUGCCGAAAUGUAGGGACGAUAUUAAAGUGAAAUACUAUGUAAAGGCCGAGUUUUACGAAGAAGCCGCGCAAGUCGCUUUUGAUCAAAAGGACGAAAGCGCACUUUUCUUCGUCCAGAAUAAAUGCCCCAUUCGCGAAUCCGCGAAACACGCAAAAAUCUCAGCGCUCUUAGAACAAUUAUCGUCUAGGAAAUAAGUACUUAAGGUGCUAUAGAAUAAUUGUGUAUGGCGAUGUAAUUCCAAUAAUUUAUAAUUGAUGAUAGCUUUUGUAAUAUUGAUAUUAUAGAUUUGAAUAUUAUUAUAAUUAACACAUUCAUUUCUAUACUAUAUCCACAGUCUAAUAAUCCAUGUAGGCUUUCAUAGUAGACGUUUAGAUACGUCAAUUUUGCGGGGGGCAAGGAGCGAGAUGCGGGAGGAACGGGCCCGAGCUGUGUUGUUAACAGCUCGGGACACUAUUUAGGGGCUACCGCGUUCAUGUUUUAACAUUUGUAGAUAAUCGUAUGUAAAUGAUUGAAAUAAUAGAUAUUAGAUAUAAUUAUGUUGUGUAUAUACUACAUACUUCUGCUGCUGAGCAUCGUCAUCUUUAACUAGGAUCUGCGUUUUCAUAAUUUCUUUAUUAUUAACAAUUGUCUUUUCACAGCCACAUUGUCUAGAUGUUUUCUCUUUAUAGUGUGUGCAAUAUCUAUAUGAUUCUUAUAAUUAGUUGAAGUGGAAAUUACCCUACAUUCGCAAUAACCUCAAUGCACUAUAAUAUAUAAUAGUUGUAUAAGCAUAUAAUAAACUGAUUAUGUAAAUAUUUAAGAAAAUAUUCAUCGUCAAUGAUUAUUUAUUACAAUAAUAAUUUAGUUUUUUUUUCUAUGUUACAUUUACUGUUUUAAAAAAUGACACAGCAAAAUAUCUUAAUCACUGGGACUGCAUACAAUAACGUUGGUGUCUUUUAACUUUAGUAUGGUAGUAGAUGGUAGCUGUAGUCGUUUUGUUCAUGUCAUUUGGUCAAUUUGAUACAUUUGUUUACAGCUAGAAUGGGCUCAGUGGUCUAGAUCAGAAUUAUGACUGCCGUAGAAUUAAAAUAUUCGGAUCAAAGUAGAACUGUAAAUAUUAUAACCAUUAUGCAGCAUAAUGUAUUAUUUGUAAUGUAAAGUAAAAAUAUGUUAAUGGUUUGUUUAUUAUAACUAUAUUCAAAGAAUAAUAAUCGUAAAAUUAUUAAUUAAAAAGAUUGAGACAAUCGUGAAAUACGGUAUUUAUGUUUUAAUCUGUAUUGUGAUACUAUUAGGAUUAAUAUAUGAAAAAAUAACGAUGAAAUGUAUUCUAGUUAUGUUUUUUCAUUAAAUAAUUAUAUCUAC